GUCACAACAACUCUGCUGAAAAAUGUCCAUUUAUGAAGAUCCAGACGCGACGCUCGCGAAUAUGAGAUACAUCAAAGGAGUCGGUGAGGACGGAGGCGAGCGUGUGGAGCGGAUCAUCGACAUAUACGAGAGCGUGGGGGAUCAGGACCAAGCUCAGAAACCUCGUGACACUUUCAGAAUGGACGCACUGAUCGUGGGCGUCCUGUGUGUCCUGCUUGUGGUGGGGAUUAUCAUCAUGUCCAAACUCUACGUUCAACUCUUCCAGGAAAAAGAGAAGCUCGGUGACUCUUUCUCGCAGCUGCAGGCCGAGCACGCCGCCCUGAGCAGAGAUUACUGUCACACAGCUGCAGGGUGGAGGCGAUUUAGAUGCAGCUGUUACUACAAAUCCACAGAAGAGAAAAACUGGCAGCAGAGCAGAGACGACUGCGUGACCAGAGACGCACACCUGGUCAUGAUUGACGGCAGAGAGGAACAGGAGUUUGUCAGUGAGAUGAGCAAAAGUGCUGAGUCAUGGAUCGGCCUGCAGUCAGAAAAGAAACAAGACUGGGAAAAGACAUGUGUCUGGAUGUGGACGGACAAGUCUGUGGUGGAAUAUCAACACUGGAGCGUGAACACGAGCAGCUGCUGCGACGCGCCUCAGGGAUCCACGGCCUUCAUCAACCUUCAAGGAAAAUGGUCCCACACCAACAAUGGAACCAAACACUGGAUCUGUGAGAAACCGAUCUACGACCAGAGCAACGCGCAGACCACGUGACUGUGAUGUCAUCAGAGACAGCUCACACACACACAAACGAAUAAAACUUGACCACUACUA